AUGGAUGACUUUGAUGAUGAUUUUGGUCAGUACAUGAAGGUGUCAAUUAUUUUGGAUAGAAGUGCUCCCUCUAGAAUUAAGGCUGAGUGUAGGUUUAAAACAGAACAUGAUUGUCCUUGGUUUGUGUAUGCUAGCAAGAAAGAGGGUGAGAAGACUUUUGUUCUUAGGAAAGUGAAUUUGGAACAUAAGUGUGAAGGGGAUCCCCAAAAUAGGAAUAGAUCUGCUGAUCCUCAUUUUGUAAAGGAUUUUGUUCUUGAUCAGAUGAAGAAUAAGCCUAAAAAAGUUGUUCCAGACCCUUAUAAAAUCAAGGAAGACUUCUUAGCUGAAAAGAGAGUAAAUAUACCAUAUCAGUGUGCAUGGAAGGCUAGGAAUCUAGUUUUAGAGUCAUUAUAUGGGAACUAUAAAGAAAGUUACAAUGAAGUACCAGCAUUCUGCAAGAUGUUUACUAAAUGCAAUGAUGGGUCUGUUGCUAAGUUCACUUUUGACACAGUGAAUAACACCUUUGAAAGCAUGACACUCUCAUUUGAACCUGCAAUGAGGGGUUGGCGAAAAGCAUGCAGGGGAGUUAUAGGGCUUGAUGCCUGCCAUCUAACAGGGGAAUAUGGGGGAGUAUUGAUGGCUGCAACUGCACUUGAUGGACAGAAUGGGUUAGUAAUGUUAGGAAUUAUGGUAUGCAGAGCUGAAACAAAGGAAAAUUGGAUCAUUUUUUUGAAGCAUUUGAAGGAUGCAAUAUUAGCACAUCCAGUGAAAGUGGCUUUCAUUUCAGAUAGGCAAAAAGGUUUAUUGGAAGCUGUUGGUAUAGUGUUCCCUGGCCAUCACCACAGAUACUGUUGGAGACAUUUAUACAAAAAUUUCAAGAAGGAUUACAAGGGUCUUGAAUUAUACAGUUCUUUAUGGAAUGCAGCAAAAGCAUACAAAGAAAAGCAUUUUCAGGAACAUUUUGACAAUAUUGUGAAACAGAGUGCUGCAGCUGGUGCUUAUCUCAGUAGAGAAGAUCCUGCUACAUGGUCCAGGGCCUUUUUUAACCCUAUUCACUGUUGUGAACAUAUGAACAACAAUUUUUCAGAGUCUUUUAACAAUAUGAUCAACAAGAUGAGAAAUAAACCAAUUAUAAUGAUAGGAAUAAUGUAUGCUAACUUAGUGAUGGGUACAUGGUACAAUAGGAGGACUGAAUCUGCAUCAUGGGUAGAUGGUAAUUUGGUUCCUACUGCUGUUACAUUGAUUAAGAAAAUGUUGGAAUUUGUGACUGACUAUGGUGUUGACCCUUGUGUGGCUGGAGAGUUAUAUAUGGUGACUAGUCCAAAGAAUUCUGUGUUCACAGUGAACAUACUUGCCAAGACUUGCUCUUGUUUGCAGUGGCAGUUGAGGGGGUUCCCCUGUAUGCAUGCAGUGAGUGCAUUGCAUAGCAUAAGGCCACAAUGGAGAAAGUACUGCAGUGAUUACUAUUCAGUGGAGAACUAUAAGGCCACAUAUGCACCAACUUUUGCACCACUAGAUGAUAAAAGUGAAUGGGUCCAGCCAAACAUGAACAAGAAGAUCUUGAACCCUCCUCACAGUAGGAAACCAGGAAGACCCAAGAGCAAGAGGGUAAGAAGUUAUGAUGAACCUCGUGUUGAGAAGACAAAAAGGAGGUGUGGGAAAUGUGGAAAUGUUACUAACCACAACAAAAUAACAUGUGUUGGUGGUGAAGUGGGAUCUAAUCCAACUGCAAAGAGGCAAAGGACUGAAUGUGAUGCACAAAGCUUCACCUUCAGCAACAUAGAGCCAAGUCAGACCACCGAAGUUAGGGGUGCAGCUAAGUCAAACAAGAAGAAGAGAACGGCAUCAUUUGUUGGUGAAUGUUUUACAGGGCCUAGCAGUUAG